ACACACAUGAUUCAAUUUCUAUAAAUAUUUAUGUAUUUUUCUAAAACAACGUUUUAACGAGUUUAACUAACAGUAUUGUAUUGUAAUAAAAUUUAUUUUUGUACUUCAUAACUUGGUUAUGUCAAUAUCCUAAUUGUCUAUAAAUGUUGAGGGAAUUCUUGUACAAUGAAAGAAGAUUAUAAUAUUAGUGUGGGCUCUAGAGUUUUAUGCCAGAAUUAUGUAGGAACUGUUAAAUACAUUGGACAAGUCGAAGGCUACGAUGGGGAAUGGAUCGGUAUGGACUGGGAUGAUGCUGAACGGGGAAAACAUAAUGGAGUUGUUAAUGGAAAACAAUACUUUACAACAAGGUAUCCUAAGUCCGGUUCUUUAGUAAGACGUAACAAAAUAAAUGUUGGGGUAGAGUUUGUGGAUGCUCUAGGAAGACGAUAUUUGCACAAAACUGAUGCCGAGUAUUUAAACCCUGUACUUUUAGAAGAGUGCAGAAAAGUUUUGAACACUGUUAGUUUUGAAGUCGUCGGGUUGAAUAAAGUUGGAAAAAAACAAAGUAAUCUAGAUAAGCUGGUUAACAUAUGCCUACCGGGUGAAAAAAUCUCAUAUGUGAACACCAAGAAAUUAAACGGGCUGUGCCCGAGUGCUGAAGAAUUAAGUUUGAAUCAUAAUUUAAUCAGCAAUUGGAGAACCGUAGCUGAUAUUAUUGAAGCUAUGCCUUGCCUUAGAUUAUUAGACUUGAGUAAAAACAUACUAGAUUUCAAUGAAAAAGAUUUAUCACAAUUUGAAGGUAAAUUCAAAUCAUUAAAAUCAUUUGCUUUAUGCUUUGGAAACUUAACAUUUGACAAUGCUAUAAGUAUAUCAAAAAUGAUGCCGGGACUGAUUGAAUUAAAAUUAGCAAAAAAUAAUAUUACAUCAUUGAGAACACUAGACGAUAAUUUAUUUGCAAAUAUUAAAGAACUCAAUUUGGAUGCUAAUGACAUAUGCGAUUGGAAGGAGGUGGAAAAGUUGGGACAUUUGAAAAAUUUAGAAAUAUUAUUAAUAAGCGAGAUAAAAUUAAAGGAGAUCUCAUUGCCUGAAUGCAAGGAGAAUGAAAAAUGUGAUAUUUUUGUCAAUUUGAGACAUUUAAGUAUAAGUUACAAUGAAAUAGACAAUUGGAGGUCGAUAAGCGAAUUAAACAAAUUAAAAAGUCUCAAAUCGUUAGGCUUUUUGGGUAAUGCUGUUAGUGAAGGUAUUAGUUAUUUAGAACGAUGGAGCCAGGUUGUGUCAAGGGUGCUAGGUUUGACGCAUCUCGACCAUGCUGAAAUAUUUUAUGAAGAACGAAGAGGUGCUGAAUAUGAUUUACUGAAGCAACACGGUAUGGCAUGGGCUCAAAGCUGUGAUGACCCGAUAUUGAGGAAGAAGUUUGUGGAUGAGAUUAAUAGCUAUCCAGCAUUGAUUACAAGAUAUGGGGCUCCUGAAACAAGUCUUUGCGAAAAGCCUACCUUGCCAAAAUCAAAACUCCUAACCGUAACCAUCACAAACACAAGAGACUCCAAGAAGAUUAUCAAAAAACUACCUGUUAAAAUGACUGUACAAAGUCUUCUUGGGUUGAUACAAAAAUGCUUUGACACAGGAAACAAUGUGCCGACUUUGUACUACAUCAGCCCUAGUAAUCCAGGGAGUAAAAUUCAACUAGAUAAUGUUACGAAGAAUUUAAAUUAUUUUUCUUUGCAAGAUAACGACACUAUUGUUGCGGAAUGGUGA